AUGUUCGGGGUACUGCUUGCUGCGAUCGGCGUCUGGGUCUCAUACUUGUAUCCCUUGGCGGAAUCGUUCAAGCUGCUGACCAACGUGGACCAGUCACGACAGCCCAUUGUUUUGCCGCCACAGAGCCAGUUCCAAAGAUGGUUUGUGUACUGGCUUGUUCUCGCUGUUUGCACGCUGGUUAUCUCCAACAGGGUAGUGCGCACUGUGCUUAGUUUCGUUCCGUUCAGCUCGCUAGUGACCCUGUAUCUGCGGAUCUGGCUGGUUUUUCCGCUGGUUUCCGUGGACUCCUCGGGCACCAGCGUCACAGGCUCGUAUAUUCUCUACCACCACUAUCUCAAGAACUGGCUGGUUGUGCUGAACCAUUAUGUUGGCGACCUCAAGACCACUGAUGUGGUCACCUACGGCGCCGGCUUCUACAACAGAAUCAUUGACCAAUACGUGCCCAAUUACCAAUUCCUCAAGCUCAAUGUGGCGUCCAAACAGGAUAAGUCUACGGUUGAGGUGAUGAACGAGCUGUGGCAGUCGUCUGGCUGGAGAGGUUCAUCCACCGGCCAGAAUGUGACGGACUACUAUCCUCAGCUACUGUUCUCAUCGCUGAUUUCGCCGAUUAAGAGUAUGGUGUUCAACGAGCACAAAGACGUGCGGGACGAGUACGACGUAGUCAAUAAAGACGAGCUGCACAGCGCUAACGCAAGCACCACGAGUCUGCCGCGGCUCCAGAAUCGCAACUCGUCGGGAUCGCUGCGCAAGGUGACUCCGUCGGGCACGGAUCCCCAAAACAGACGCCCGUCGUGGGGAUUUGGCUGGAAAUCCAGAAACAGCUCUGCUACUUUUGCGAAUGAAUAG